AUGUUUGACCCCACCGGCCUAUCGGGUUGUGAUCUGUAUUGUUUAUCCCUUUUCCUUGCCGUUUUAGACAGUCAUCGUCGAAUAAUUAUUGGCGCGCGUGUGAGGCCAUUCACGGCUAGGGAAUUACAGUCACGGAACAACGAGUUGGCUGUCGAAAUUCCCGAGCCGGGGCUUAUAAAAUGCACAAAGCCCACCUUUUGCGGUGUUGCGCCGCCUGUUUUCUUCAGAGUGGAGCACACGUUUUCCUCGGUUUCGGAGGAAGAGGGCGACAUGAAUCUGGAACAGCUGGAAGUUUACGAAAAACUUGGCCGUCGCAUCCUCAUGAGUGCCCUCGAGGGCUACAACGCUUGCCUUUUUGCCUACGGCGUAACUUCAUCAGGCAAGACAUAUAGUAUGUUCGGGUCUCCGGAAAAUCCAGGCAUUAUCCCUCGCCUGGUUGAAGACCUUUUUGACAAAGUCAGCCGUAAGAAGAGACCAAAUUGUCGGACAACGGUGCAACUGAGUUUUUUUGAGAUCUACAAAGAAAAGUUGAUCGAUUUGCUACAACCCAAAAGUUCAACUCGACCGCUUGCCGUGCGAGAGCACCCCGCGACCGGACCUUUCGUGGAGGGCCUUUUAGAGCCCGUGGUCCGCAGCCCACAGGAGGUCUUUGCUUUGCUACGGUUAGGUGAUAGUCGCCGAAAGGUCUCCUCCACAGCAAUGAAUGAACGCAGCUCUCGUUCUCAUACCAUUGCGACGCUUCUCAUAACACGGCGCGAAAUGGUAAAUCCUGUAAUCUAUCGCUAA